AUAUCGUUUUGUCAAUACGUCAUCGUACGCCAUCUGUAAUGAUAAGAAAUGGCGAAUAUGUGGCUUGUUAAAAUGUUUGUGUACCUAAUAAGUAUAAUAUAUUAAUAUUAUUCAUUUACACACUUCUCGUAAUAAAAAGAAAUUAAAUAAAACUUCAUUGAAAAUAUUCAAUUCUACAGUGUAUUUUACGAUAUUUAAAAAUACAUAAACAACAACGAAAUGGAUAAAGUACCUUUGGAUGACGAACCCGCGGUAAAUUUUCAAACAGCUACCUUAGAAAUUGCUAAAGAUCUAGAAAGUAUCGAUGGAUCAAUCACUGCAAAAUUAGAUACAGAAGAUAGUUCUAAAACCACAGAACAAGUUCCAUCUAUUAAAGAUAUUUCCUACGCUCCAUUUAAAAAUGUGGACGUGCAUAGUUUCUUUACUGAUAGAAAAGAAGUUGUUGAACGCGCAAUAAAUGAUUGCCAGGAAUUUUUGAAGGAUGUCAGUACUAAUGACAUUAUUGGAAGCUGGCUUUUAACUGAAAUCAGUUUGUGGGAUACCGAAAAAGAAAGGCUUAUAUUGCUUACGAGCACAUAUAUUUACUCUGUGAAAUAUGAUUUUAUUUCAUUAAAAAUAUUGGAGUAUAGUAAAAUACCUCUAGCAAAUCUUGACACGGUAGUUAUAGGCGAACUGAUUUAUCCUACGUCAUCCCUUGCCCCAAAGCGGCAUAUGUUAGGCACACGACUAAUGUGGAAUAAAGGACGUCCGCUAUCUCUAAGUAAAAAGUGGAAUCCAUUUGCAAAAAAUAUACCAUGGCUUACGUAUGCGAGUCAUCCGUUAUUUUGGCAUAAAGGUUCUGAAAUGGAUAAGACAAAAUUUGACGUAGAAGCUAUGCAUGCAGCAAUUUUAAGUUUAUUACCAGAAGAAUGUAACAUGGUGACUGGACCUAUAAUUGUAGAGAAUUACUGCGGUAUUGGUGCAUUAGUACAUAAUAAAAAUGCUUUAGGUUUUUUCAAAGUUCGAGGUAAAGUAAGCUUUUAAAAAAUACGUUGCAAAAUUUAUGUAUAAAUGUUUAAUCUAACUUAAGUAUUGCCAGAAGUAUGAAGAGAACUUCAAGUGCUAUAUAGAUCAUUGUCCUACUAUUUUUACAUUCUAUAUUUAAAUAUCUCGUUAUCUAUAUAUAUUUUAAAUUGAUACGAUGCUAUUUUAUUACUAAUCACAUAUCCAAUUUUUAAUAAUUUAAUUGAUGAAAUAAAGAUAGUUUUUAUUUAAAUAAAGAUAUAAAACAUACAAGGGGAAAAAAAAGAAU